AUGAGCAGCCCUAGCCGUCGCCGCCGCUUGUUGCCGCCGGCAGUGGAGUUGCCGCUGGAGGACGACGACCUCCUCCGCCUCCCCCCACAGUCGUCCUCGCUCCCACGCACCUCCGUCGUCUCCAAGCGCUGGCACUGCCUCGCCUCCGACCGCCGCUUCACCUGCCGCUUCCGCCACCACCGCAACCCUCCCCUCAUCGGCUUCAUCGAGUCCGAUCUGGCCGACGGCCUCUCCUUCGUGCCUUCCCUCCUCCAUGUCGAAGAUGCCCUCGGAGCUCCUCGGAGGAUGGUGGGCUUGGUUCCUCUUUCUGUCACCCUUAGCCCACAGCACCGCCGAUUGUGGAAGAGGGAGACCGAUCACCGCGGCGUUGCUUCAUCAUCAUGGGUGCUGACAAGAACCGUUGAGCUAGAGAAGCUACUUCCCCUGGACCAGCUGGAUCCAGCGGCGUCGUAUAGCCUAUGUAUACGAGGGUAUGCUGAGCACAAUAACGUCCCGUUCCUGGGGAUAUAUCCUCACCUCUUCAUGCUCCAUCUUGACACAAUGAAGGUCAAGCAACUCGCAAAAGUUGCUGAUUUUAGCUAUCCAUUUGAAAGCGUCUACACGGCAGGCAUUGGUGGCGAAACAGAUGGAGCUGAACUUUUGCACUAUGCAGAAGAUGAGCGACUCUAUCUAGAUUACAUUCCGGUGGCUGUGAUGCUGAAAUGCCGUGCUUCCACUUCGGACUCGACUCCACCGACCACCGCAGGUAGCCCUCGCCGCCGCCGCGACCGCUCUUCGCUGGCGGUGGUGGCGGAGGGACCGCUGGACGACGACGACCUGCUCAGGGAGAUCCUCCUCCGCGUCCCCACGCAGCCGUCCUCCCUCCCGCGUGCCUCCCUCGUCUGCAAGCGCUGGCGCCGCCUCGUCUCCAACCUCGGCUUCUCCCGCCGUGUUUGCUUCCACCACCACCGCAACUCUCCCCCUCUCCUUGGUUUCAUAGUCGAGCGCUUCAGCCCACGAGGUAUAUCCUUCAUGCCUACUCUGGAUUCCCCCAAUCGCAUCCCGGCGGGGCGCUUCUCCUUGCAGUUCGACCAUGGGGACUCCCUAAAGUGCCUUGGGUGCUGCCAUGGUCUCAUCCUCCUCUUCUCCGCGAGGCGGCUCGAGGUCCUGGUGUGGGACCCCAUCACCGGUGACCGGCACCGCGUAGCCAUCCCCCCGGGCUUCUAUGAGCUGAAGACUUCAAUCACUGGGGUGGUGCUUCGUGCUGCCGGAGACGGCCGCCACUUCCUGGUGGCAUUGGCAGUGAUAGAACAAAACGUCGGGAUGCAACAUGCACGAGCACAAGCAUUUGCCUGUGUUUACUCGUCGGAGACCGGCGUAUGGGGUAAUCCCAUCUCGACACUGCUCCAAUCCGAGGUUGGACAUACACCUACGCCCGGCAUUCGGAUUCUGACCAGCAUAUUGACUCCUGCCAUGUGUUUCUCGGGCAAGUCCACUGAUGCCGUACUGGUUGGGGAUUCUUUUUAUUGGAUGGUUACUAGAGUGCUUCAUGGGACUUUAACUUCAUCGCGGAUCCUUGAGCUUGAUUUGGAUGGACAAAGUCUAAAUGUGAUCCCGGUGCCAGUGGUCAGGUCUGGCUUAACCAAUUGCCACAUGUGUGUUAUGCGGGCAGAGGGUGGUGGUCUUGGUUUCCUCUUUCUGUCGUGCUUCAGUGCCCAAUUCUGGAACGGAAAGACUGAUUGUCAUGGUGUUGCUUCAUGGGAGUUGGGAAAAACUAUUGAACUGGACAAGCUACUUUCCUUGGAAAUUGAGAGGACAGCGUGCCCACAUAUUCUAGGGUACGCUAGUCAAAAUAAUGUGGUGUUCCUGUGGACACGUGUCGGUGUCUUUACGCUCCAGCUUGAGUCAUUGGAGUUCAAGCAAAUCUUCGAAACCGACAUCUUGCCUUCCUAUUAUCCAUAUGAAAGUGUCUACACUGCAGAAACAGGCAUUGGUGGCAAACAAGAUGGAGCUGAACUUUUGCACAAUACAUAAGAUGCUUGUCCUGUUAGAUAUGCUAUUGCAAUGUGAUGUACUGGUUGAGCAGGUAUCUUGAAUUACAUUCCGGUGGCUGUGAUGAUGCCGAAAUGGCUUGUUUGUUCUAGCUUCUUCCAUCCUGUUUGGUGCAUGAGACAAUUCUGAUGUGUGCUUGCAGUCAAUUGUGAACUGGGAAUUUAUCUUCUAAUAAGUUGUGUGAACUUCCAUUUACUAUCUGGUUUAUGUAAUACCAUAUUCCAACUGGCAUGAAGACA